UAUAUAUAUAUACCCAUCAUAUAAAAAAAAUUAAAAAUCAAAAUUGUAUAUGAUCAAUGGAGGUUGAGGUAAUACCAGGGUUGCCUGACGCUGUUGCUCUUGAAUGUCUCAUCCGCCUCCCUUUCUCUUUUUUACGGAUUGCUCGACGUGUCUGCAAGCGAUGGAGGCAUGAAAUCUCUUCGUCAUCUUUUUACCGCCUCCGUAAAGCCGCCAACGUCGCUCGUCUUCUUGCUGCAUUCGUAGUAUCGAAUCCUAAGCAUCCCUUCGAAAAGUGGGUAGCCUUGUACGACGUGACCGAACAAGUCUGGACGAGGCUGCCGAUGAUCCGUGACUCGGCUGCCGAAUGUCAAGUGGUGGCCGUGGGGCACGAGCUGGUGGUGAUAGGACGGCGGCACAGCCCGACUAAUAUGGUCCACGUGCACAAUUUGUUGACCGGCGUUUGGCGGCUGGGGGCGCCCAUGCCGGGCCCGCGGAGGGCCUUCUUCGCGUGCGCCGCCUCAGCGGAGUCGCCGGUGGUGUUCGUGGCCGGCGGGCGAGACCAGCAAGGGCUGGCGCUGCGAUCGGCACUGGCCUACGACGUAGAGACGGACGCAUGGGCGCCUCUGCCGGACAUGGCGCGUCCCGUGCGCAAGUGCAGAGGAUUCUUCGCCCGUGGCUUAUUCCGCGUUUUCAGCCGUCAGCUAACGUUUGAGGCGUUCGACGCCACGGCUGGCGAAUGGAAAACGAGGCGUUUGGUGAGCCAUCGGCGGACGGAGGUGGCUGCCCCGGAGGAGGAGGUCCAGGAGGAGAGGGUGCCCACAGCUGCGGAGGAGGAGAGGGUGUCCAGUACGUGCUACUUGAGAGCAUUAGAGCACGCCCACGACCGGGUGCUGGUGCUGAUUAUAGCAAGGAGUCGGGGAGGGAUAAUUGACUACUUUUUGGGGAAGUUGAAGGAGAGGUUGCAGAGGGUGAAGUGGCCGACGCCGUACGGUUUCGAGGAGCAGAGGUUCGUGGCGUCGCUGAGGAAGAGCGACGGCUUUUGCAAUGUCGAGUCUCUAUGUUAUUUCUAUUUUUAA